CGACUUAAUAAACCACCAGUUAGUUCCGGCAAGGCAAGGCAAGGCAAGGCGUCCCCCCUCCUUACGAUGAUGGAGACGAGGGUCCGUUGGCCAAGGUUUCUAACACCUCCCAAUUUAAUCCAACUGAUCCGCCAGCAAAAGAAUCCCCUCACUGCUCUCCAGCUCUUUCGCACCGCUCCCCUCCGCUACCCCGCCUACCGCCACACUGUCCCCGUCUACUCCGCCCUUCUUUCCUCCCUCUCCUCCUCCCCUCGCUUCCUCCCUCUCCUCCCCUCCCUCCUCCGCCACAUGCUCCUCCACUCCUCCCCUUCUUCCUCCCUUGACCCCGUCUUUUCCCGCGCUAUCUCUUCCCUUUCCGCCUCCGAUCCCCACUGUGCCCUCUCCCUCUUCCGCCUUCUCCCAUUCUCCAACUGCGUCUCCUGGCCCCUUUCCUUCGUCUCCCUCCUCCGAUCCCUCCUUCUUUCCCCUGACUUCCUCCCCCUUGCCCGCCAACUGCUCGACGAAUUCUCCCAUAGAACCGAAUCGCGGAUAGGCGUCGACUGCCUCAACCUGCUAAUCAAGACACUGUGCGACCUCGGACGUGUUGAUCUCGCAGUUGACGUCUUCCGAGAAUUUCACGAGCAGUGCUGGUAUCCCGAUCGGGAUACCUACCGGUUUCUCAUGAAAGGACUGUGCGACGCCGGGCGGCUUGACGACGCUAUACACUUGCUGUACUCCAUGCUGUGGAGGAUCUCGCAGAAGGGAUGCGACGCGGAUGUUGUUGUUUAUCGAAUGGUUCUUGUGGCGCUCUGCAACGAAGGAAGGAUUAAGGAUGCGGAGGAGGUGUUGGGGAAGGUUUUGCUCAAAGGAUUGAGGUCGCCUAGGCGGCGGCGGGCGUUUCAGAAGCCGGAGCUCGGCGGGCGGAGUUUGGAGGAGAUGAAGAGGUUGAUCGAUGACGCGUUGGUCAUGGGUGGCGUCCGGAGUCUGGCUAGCUACAAGGCCAUGAUUGUUGAUCUAUAUAUUGAAGGGAAGAUCAAGCACGCCGAUAAGAUGUUUGAUGAAAUGGUUGAGAGAGGGUUUAAGCCAGUGGUAUCAAUGUACGAGGCCAAAAUUGCGGCUUUGUGCGAGGCCGGGAGAGCAACCGAUGCGGAAAUGGUUUUGGAGGAGAUGGUGGAGAAGGGUGGGUGUGCGCCAAGGACGCGAAGCUAUGAGUUGGUGAUGGAGGGGCUCUGCGGCGAAGGUGAAUCCAUGAGAGCGACCGCGCGGCUGGAGAAGAUGGGCAGGCAUGUGGGCAGCGUCGCGCGCAAGGAGACGUACGAGGUUUUGGUGAAUGGGUUGUGUCGCGAGGGGCGGUACGUGGAGGCGGCGCGGGCGCUGGAGAGGAUGGUGAGAAUGAGGCAUCGGGCAGAGGUCACUGUUCUGGAGACUGUGAUCCGAGGGCUGUGUUCCAAUGGGAGGGUGUAUGAAGCUGUGGUUUGGUUGGAGGAGAUGGUGAGCCUGGGGAAUGCACCGGAGGUUGAUGUUUGGCGUUCGUUGGUGUGCUUGGUUUGUGUUAAUCCUCCGCCUAAGUGUGUGUUUGGUGGUUUGGUUGGUGCUUAGUGGGGAGACUGCCGAAGCAUUUUAAAUUUAUUAUUUAUAUUAAUAUUAUUUUUUAAGUUGAUAAAUAGUCUUCCUAAUUAACUAGUGAAGGAAAAUUGAUUUUUAUUUCUAAAAAUUUAUAAAACUAACAAUCGUUUGGUUUUAUUGGCAUCAUGCUUUUCAUAGAGUGUUGAUUUUUUUUAGAAUAAAAUCAACGAAAAUCAAACCUUUUAUAAAGUAUUUGUAUUUCGCAAAUGUAAUAAAUUUGAACCUCAAUUGGUAGUUGAUUUUGAGUAAGGUGUAGGGCUGU